AUGAAUGGUGAUGGGUUUGGCUUGGGUUAUUAUUCCUUAGAUCCAGAACUUGAAGAUGGGCCAUGUGUGUUUCGUGCUAUAACGCCUGCUUGGAAUAAUAUGAAUCUUGAAAGGUUGGCUGAAAAGACAAAAUCUAAUCUAGUAUUUGCCCAUGUUAGAGCUUCAACAUAUGGGGUUUUAUCAGAAACAAACUGUCACCCUUUCACGUAUCACUCAUUAAUGUUCAUGCAUAACGGUGGUAUAUCUGCAUUUGGCAAGAUUAAACGAAAAUUAGUUCAACAUAUAAGUGAUGAAUAUUUUAUUUAUUUACAAGGAUCAACUGAUAGUGAAUGUUGUUUUGCCUUAUUUUUAGAUACAUUGGAUAAAUUAGGUGCUAACCCUGCUCAGGAUAAUGCAAACUUUGGACAUGCUAUAAUUAGAAAGGCAUUAUUGCAAACUAUUGAUUACAUUAGAGAAUGGACAAGAGAAAUAACAACUGAACCUUCAUUAUUAAACUUUGCAGUUACUGAUGGUCAUUCUGUUGUUGUUUCAAGAUAUAUCACAUCGAAAACUGAAGAGGCUGCUUCACUACAUUUUAGCUCAGGAUCGAGCUUUGUGGAAUACGAGCCAGGUGAAUACCGUAUGGAAAGAUUAGAUCGUGGUCAAGACGUUAUCAUGGUUGCAUCAGAACCUUUAACUUUCCAAAGAGGUGAUUGGAUAGCAGUUCCAACAAACUCCAUUUUAACAAUUAAAAAUCAAACGGUGUUAUUACAUCCAAUCAAGGAUGAAUAUUACCAGGAAGAUCCAUUAUAUUCAAGAUCUUCAACAUUCGCUGAAAGUAAAGGUCUUAUGGGUAGUGUACCUUUAGCUGUGGCACCAGAUGUUGAUGUUCCUCCUUUGGAAAGAGAGGGUCGCUCAAGAGCGCUUCCAGUUUCCUGA